CAACCCCCACCAUCCACCGCCAUCUCGCACACCCACCGUCCCCUCUCUCUCUCCAACCACAUCCUCAUCGCGAUCACACGAGAUGUCCGAAAAGGUUGACACCUCGAACGAAACGAGUGUCGCUACCAAGGACGGCUUGGGCUCUGCUCCUAAGGCGAUCAUCAAAAACGUCGACAUGAGCGAGGAAAUGCAGCAAGAGUCGGUCGACAUCGCCUCACACGCACUUGAGAAGUUCAACGUCGAGAAAGACAUCGCCGCCCAGAUCAAGAAGGAGUUCGACAGACGGCACGGUCCGACUUGGCACGUCGUAGUUGGCAAAAACUUUGGAAGCUAUGUCACUCACGAGACUAAGCAUUUCAUAUACUUCUAUGUCGGGUCGCUCGCCAUCCUCAUCUGGAAGUCAUAGACGUCUCGCGUAGAUAUAGCGUAUUGGGCAGAGGGCAGUAGAGACCCAAACGGAGAAUUGUAAGAGAACACGAUCAGGCAUGCCAUACCAAUCAUCCCUCCAUAACAUAUACCUGAAUCGCCUGCAGCUCAUCUUUCUUUCUCGUUUAAAUGAACAACAUCUUGUAUCCAUCGUCACUUCUUGAUUCCACCUAGUUCGAUGCCCUUAUGCCUGCAAUGCAUUCCUUUCAUUUGCCUUGAUCUAUUUCC